UGAACCCUCGUUGCCGCCGCCGUCUUUGCACUAAAACCCCUUCCCACAAGGGCCGCCCACGGUGGUUGCUGCUGUUCGGCUGCUCUCUGAACUUUGUAAAAUUGAGGAUUCUUAGGCUCCCGGCCGGGCCAGGCGCAGAGCACAGGGCCCCGUGCCGCCGCCCGCGGGGGUCGCCUCGUCGGCGACCGCGUCCCGAGUCACAGCUGCUGCUGCCGCUGCUGCUGCCGGCACGAGUUUGAACGGGCGACGGGCAAUUCCCGCAUGGAUCACCACCACCACCGCCACCUCAUCAAUGCCGCCACCCCGUCAUUCAUCUGGCCCAUCUCAUCGCACUCCAACCCUAUCACCCACGACUCGCUCAGUUUCGUCCACCACGUCUCACUACCACUUCGUGAUUCACCUCCCCUACCUCCUCUCCCCCAUCUCAUAACACCCGGCCCCGUAAUUAACCCCAAGCGCCUCUUGCCACUCACACCGGAUCGUAAAUCUUUUCCCAACUCACACUUCCACAUAAAAACACCCACCUCACGCUUUACCUCGCCUGCAUCCAACUCCCACCUCAUCACUCGUACCACGCAAUUCUUCCCACCCGCCUCAUCUCACUGCCAUCUCAUCUCCCACUGUAUCACUCCCACUUGAAUCUCACUCCUCCCAUUCCCACCUCAUCAGAUCCGAUCCGAUAUUGUAUCUGACCCAUCUCACCUCGCUGACCAACCCUCUAUCCUCACCACGAUAGCGCCUUCAUCUCACGUCACUGAAAUCCAUUUCAGCGUCCCAGUUAAUGAUGUGGAUUCAGUGUGGUUCACCGACUUCUGCUUGUGUGAGCUGUAUGCUGAUGACCAUGUAAUACAAUGCUUGUUUAGUGUCAUGCCCUGCAGGCUUGACGUGCCAAUGACAUGUUGUAUAACUGUCGUGAUUUGUAUUCUAAGUGAUUCUUAUGCCCUGGAGGUAUCGCACAGUGAGAGGUUACGUGCACGCUAUCCUUGGGAGGCCUGUGGUACGCACUCAUGGACAGAUCAUGUCCACGCAAUGUACCCGUGGUGCCUUGUGGGUGCUGUGUCAACAUUGGAUGGUGGCUGUAUAGGUGGAGUUAAUUGAUUUCCUCCCCUGUGACGAGUGACCUUUGAGACGUGGCACACUCCGGCUCGUGAAGCACACCCUUAAUCCCUCCGGCGCGAUGAUCACACGUUGCUUCGCGGAGAUUAGUCCUCAGCCGUGUCACGUUGGGAGCUUCCCAGAACGAGCGCCCAUUAAAUAAGAAUUGCUAAUCUGUGGUCUUGAGUCGCCAUCAGUCAUUGUCAUCGGUGCCGUUUUCUAAGUACCCACCUCCUUACGCAUCUGGAUUAAUCACCGUGGCUGUCAGAUUUCACGAAGGUGUCGGCGGGUGUUUGAGGACAUGAGUGGCAAGAUAGGCGAGAGCAGUCGUCUGGGUGAGGAGGCCGAGGACAGUGCAGAGGAUUACCGCUCCCCAUUUGACUUCAGUGCAGGCGUGAGCCUCAAGUACCUGCAUUUGGCCCCCACUGAUGGGGACUCGGGGUCCCCGGCUCUCUCCCAGGGUUUUCUGAGCAGUGACCAACCCAAUGCAGACUUCCCGAGUGGCACGACGGGGCAAGUCGGGGCUGGCAUAGCCAGGGAAGACCCAACCCUCAGCAGCUCGGCUCUGUCAGAUGUGGAAACGGAAGAGCUGCGUGAAGAGCUGGCCAAGGUGGAGGAGGAGAUAGCCACAUUGAAGCAGGUUCUUGCAGCGAAGGAGCAUCACCUGGCUGAGAUCAAGCAAAAGCUGGGGAUCGGAACCAUCACGGAACUGAAGGCAAACCUGAGCAAGGGGUGGCAAGACGUGACAUCUUCAUCUGCUUACAAGAAAACCUCGGAGACGCUGGUGCACGCUGGCCAGAAGACGACGGCAGCCAUCUCUUCCGUGGGCUCGGUGCUGAGCCGCACGUUGGGCGACGUCAAGAACUCUCCGACUUUCAAAUCUUUCGAGGAGCGAGUGGGAAGCACCGUGACCGGCUUGAAGACCCGUGUUUCCACGCGCCGAUCCGGCAGUUUCGAAGAAGUUCUGAGCUCCACGGCCAGUGCCAGUGCCAAGCCUGACCCUGAAGAGAAAGUCCCACUGUGAGGCGUGCAUGGCUCUACAAAAACAAAGCUCGUGCUUAUUCACAUACGUACGCAAAUACUUGCUCAACGUGACACACCUACGCUCGUGUUCCAACAUACACGAGUACGGUAUACGCGCAUAUGCCCCCUUACAUGCCUGCAUGGAAAUCGCAAGUGCCAAAGUCGGUGUGGAUCAACGAGUGCCACCGUGAGAACACCCCACAGAUGCACACACACGUUCACUCCUGCCGCCGGGCACGCUUGGUGACAAACAGAUGGGAGUCCAGGCAAAUGGUCUCCUCGCAUCAGCGUGAGACAUGGCUCGUGUAAACUCUAUUCAAGUGGUAACCUGUAGCCACCCGUGCCUUGCCGCAACUCACCUGAGCUCUCUGUGCCGUGCGGCUGCCAUCACUCGCAAAACGGCGGCAGAGUAUGAGACCGUGAUGUGCAUGCACCAGUAUAGUUGCCAUAUUGCUGUGCAGAAUAUGCCACGUGCUUCUUUUCAAAGUACCUUUCAGAAAUUGCCAUAUGAUCUACAUAAGACGGUUAUUUUCUUCAAAUGCAUGCACAUUGAAAUGAAUACCCAUCGCAAAUGCCUGUCACUGUAGUAUGUUGUAUUAACGUUUGAUAGCCUCAUGUGCAUGAAGCUUAAGUGGAAAAUGUAUUUUACGUAUUUUCGUUUCUGAACAGGUUUCCAAUGGAUUAAACACUUUCUGGCUUGCUUGAAAUCUAAAAGCGAUUAACUUUGAGCUAUUUGCAGCUUUACGUUAGAAUGGUGGGUGUGUGCACCAGCUCGAUUGCCAGCUCGGACGCCGUUGAGACUAAAGACGCUGUUUUGCAUUUCAACACUGGCGACGCUGUUACUGUCGUGGGUUUUAUCAAUACGAGGAUGGUUGGAGGCGACGAAGUUAAACAUAUUCCUGAUAAAUUUCUGGGGCUGGUUGCAUAAAAUAUCUGAUGUUAUUUUCUUUCCACUCAUACCUCUUUCGUUGCCAAACUAAAGGAAACAUCUAAGCAAGUGUUUUUAUGUGACCAGCCCCAUUUUCCAGACUUCCAAAGUCCGUUAUGUAACGCAGGUGCGGCUGUCCAGUAGGUUCCGCAGUUGAUGCUGCACGAUCUGUUGGUGUCUUGCAUCUCAUAAGCUCGGCUCGUGUGAAUGGGCUGUGUGUGGAAGCACUGAUCUCCCUCCCCACUGUGUGUUGCGACGUGUGUGCGUCGCCAGUUUGUACUUGGGUGCAUUUAGCGACCAUUUUAUUAGCACUGUGGGAGGUAAACCCCUUUUUAUCUAAGAACGUACAUCCGUGUCAAGUUAAUGUGGCGAGGGGUAGGGCCCUGUAGAGUGUGUGAACUCGGUGCCUUGUUCGGUUUCGAUAUUUGCCAAAGGCCAGGGUGACCCCAUUGGAGUCUGUGGUUCGGCGUGCAGAUUGUGCCUUAGCUGUGCUGUACAGGUUGUUGUAUUGUGGCCCGUGUCCACGUCAUCUCCACAGCCUGCACGUGUUGUCUUCCCAUCGCUGGGCUUCACUUCAGAAAAUGUUACGCGGCUGGGAAGCAACAAAGAGCAUUAUUAGAGUCUAUGAAAUAAAUAUUGAGCUUCAA